CUUUGCCCCACAGACAGAGGCGACCGUCAACCGACUCGGCUUGAAUGCGGAUGACGACAAGACGGCCGUGUACUACGAGGGCACUCGUGGCAAUAUGGCCGAGUGGAUAAUGUGUCAAGCUCCCAUUUUGCGCUGUCAUGGUUCGACUCCCGCGGGGGGUGUUGAUAAGACCGAUGCG